UAAAAUUGAGACAAUGGUUCCCGCGGGAUUGUAUUUACUUCUGUCUGCCUGCUGCGUGUCCUUGGCAUCCGCCGGAUUCGGAUUGGGCUUCGGUGGUGGCAGCCUUGGACUUGGAGGUGGAAACGGUGGUGGCUCUGCUCAAGCAAGCCUGCCUGGAUUGAGUCUGGGUGGGGAGUACAACAGAGGAGCUUCUGGAUCGGUUCUGAACCAGGCUGCCAACGGCCUUCUGGGCGCUGCUUCGACUGGAGCCAAUGUAAUCCACUCCGCCGGAUCUGCAGCUGCCAACCACGGAGCUCAGGCUGCCAAUGGAGUGCUGGGAGCAACUGGAGCUGGAGUAGAUACCGUCCACUCUGCCGGAUCUACAGCUGCUGCUCACGGAGCUCAGGCAGUGAACGGAAUAUUGGGAGCCGCAGAAACGGGAGCCAAUGUAAUCCACUCCGCCGGAUCUGCAGCUGCCAAUCACGGAGCUCAGGCUGCCCAUGGAGUGCUAGGAGCAACUGGAUCUGGAGUAGACACCGUCCACUCUGCCGGAAAUACAGCCGCAGCUCACGGAGCUCAGGCAGUGAACGGAAUAUUGGGAGCGGCAGGAACUGGAGCUAAUGUUGUGCACUCUGCCGGAUCGGCGGCCGCUGCUCACGCAGCCCAAGAUGCCCACAGAGUGCUGGGAGCUGCUGCGACUGGGGUCAAUGCUGUGCACUCUGCAGGUUCCACGGCGGCGGAUCACGUACACAGUGGAUCCGGUUCUGCUUCCCUUGGAGCUGGACAUUUGAAUAUUCAAUCCACUGGCAACAGUGGCUCCAAGACGAAUGCCGCACACUUGACCAUCGGCUCUUCCGGUGUCCAGUCCGGUUCCAGUGGCGUCCAUCAUAGCACCGGCUCGGCUACUGUUGAUGCAGCGAAUGCAGUGCUGAAUGCAGCGGGUGCAGGAGCAGCAGGAUCGUCAGGUGCCGCUCAUGGAGCCCAUGCUGUCAAUGGAGUUUUGGGAGUUGCAGGAGCCGGAGCCAAUGUGAUCCAUUCCGCCGGAUCAAUUGCUGCCGCUCAUGGAGUUCAGGCUGCAAACCAAGUUGCCAGCGGCGUUGCCAACGGUGCAUCCUCUGGUUCCGGAUCCAGUUCUGGUCACUUGACCAUCGGGUCAUCUGGCAUUUCGGGAUCCAGCUCUGGUACCUCCGGCGCCAAUACUGCUAAAAUCACCGGAUCUUCGUCAACUGCUGCACACCAUACUGGAUCUGUACAGGCUGGUUCUGCCAAGAUCACGGCUGGACAUGGAAAAAUUGAAGCCUCUGGCUCAAAUUCCGGCUCUGCUGGUGCUGCUCACCUCAAUGUUGGAGCCACUGGAGCCACUGGAGCCAGUGCAAUGAAAACUUCCUCCACGUAUCAUGCAUCCACGGGAGGCUCUUCAUCUGGCACAACCACCGGUCAGCUGAGUAUUGGAGCAUCAGGUGCCACAGGUUCUGGUUCUGCUGGUUCUGCUGGCUCCCACGGAGCAGGAAAUUUGAACAUUAAAUCGUCUGAAACCACUUAUUCCUCAAAAACCGAAUCAUCCCAGUUUAGUGCUGGUCAUACCCACACUAGUUCUGGAUCCACAACUAUUGAAGCCUCUGGAACACACGCGGGAUCUGCCCACAUCAAGACAGAGCACAAGAAAGUUGAAUCGUCGGGAUCGAGCUCCUUGCACUCCGGAUCAGGCUCUGCUUCCAUCGGUGCUGGUCAUCUGAAUAUCCAAUCUGCUGGCACUACAGGAUCAUCCCAAGGUGCUUCAAACAGCGCAUCUAUUGGUGUUGGACAUCUUAGCAUUGGAGCAACUGAUUCCACCUCUAAGGGAUCCUCUGCCACUGGUUCAUCUGGUCACUUGAGCAUCGGAUCAGCCGGAAUCUCUGGAUCUUCUGCUUCUGGAGCUGGAUCAUCCAAGAUCAAUGCCGGACAUUUGAGUAUCGGAUCCUCUGGCAAUGCCGGAUCAGCUUCAAUCGGAUCGAAUGGCCUGUCAGUUGGAGCAAACGGACACAAAUCUAACACAGCUGGAUCGAUCGGACUAGCCGGUGCCCAUGAGGCUGCGUCUCUGGCCCAUGGAGUCGCCAGCGGUAUACUGGCACCUGCUACGGGUUCGGGAAGCCUCUCUCUCGGUGGCAGCACUGCAUCUUUGGGAUCGAGCGGAUCUUCCAGCCAAGGAGGAUAUCGCCAGGGAAGUAUCAGUUUGGGCGGAAACGGACUAAGCCUUGGAGGCAAUCUCGGUGGAAAUACAGGAAGUGCCGGAAUUGGAUUGGGUGGCGCUCACCUAGGAGGAUCCAUUAACCGUGGCGGCGGUCUUUUCCUUGGCUAAUUUUAAGUUAGCUUUAAUAUUUUGAAGUAUUCUAUUCUUAAAUUGCACACUCAUAAAAAUGCCGAAAAUUCCCGAAAGUUCGGCGAAAAAGGAGUACAUAUCCAUUGCUAUCUCUAUGUGCUCUUCCUGUUUUUGAGAAUAAAGUGAAGCACGAAGCAAGAGAAUCUUCUCUCUCUCUUUAA